CUUACAGCUUAUACUAUAUUUUUGUAUGUUUUUGUGAUAUUUAUAUCAUAUUUAUUGUAUUUAUGAAUAAAAAUAUUUGCUGAAUUUGGAAUUUGAAAUUAUUAUUCAACACUAGAUUUAUAUUAACCUAUAAUAGUAAUGAGCUAAGUGUCUUCCUGCUUCUGUUGGAGUGAAUUCUGUAGUUUCAACAUUCUCUGAAAUCUAUUAGCGAUUGAGAGGGUGGGUGUAUGUGUGACGUGUAAUCAGCUCCAUCACGGAGAUCACCUCAGCAUCACAUCCUCUUCACUAAUAUAAGUAGACCAACUAUCAGCACUGAAGCUAUGAAGACCAGCAUCUCAGCGUCUACACACCUGAAUAGGGAUCAACGAGAAACCAAGCAUGAGGACUUUCUUGCUCUUGGCACUGACAUUUGUAGCCGUUAAUGGAUUUAAAACCUGAUCUUAGGAAGACUCUUUUAAAGGACAUCAUAGUGUUUGUAAACCAUGUCCUGCGUGACGAAUCAGAUGAGAAUCUUAAACAAUUUGUGAGAGACAUAUUUCAGAGCGUGAGAUGCUCAGGUGAAGCCCUUUGCCAAGCAGCAAAGGUCCUGAAGGACAUGCAUCUAGAAAAAGAUCCAUAUAACUUGAUAUAUAGGAAUCUGUUCGCCUAUGCAGAUUUAACCGGGCACCGGACCUGCAGCGUUACAGCUUCAGAGGAACGUCCAGUGAAGGUUUUUCUCGAAAAUAUCAAAGAGUGCUGCCAAACACUUCUCUCUUAACCUGUAUCACAUCCAAAAAGAGUGAAAUGACCUUAGACUUACAGCUUAUACUAUAUUUUUGUAUGUUUUUGUGAUAUCUAUAUCACAUUUAUUGUAUUUAUGAAUAAAAAUAUUUGCUGAAUUUGAAAUUUGAAAUUAUUAUUCAACACUAGAUUUAUAUUAACCUAUAAUAGUAAUGAGCUAAGUGUCUUCCUGCUUCUGUUGGAGUGAAUUCUGUAGUUUCAACAUUCUCUGAAAUCUAUUAGCGAUUGAGAGGGUGGGUGUAUGUGUGAUGUGUAAUCAGCUCCAUCACGGAGAUCACCUCAGCAUCACAUCCUCUUCACUAAUAUAAGUAGACCAACUAUCAGCACUGAAGCUAUGAAGACCAGCAUCUCAGCGUCUACACACCUGAAUAGGGAUCAACGAGAAACCAAGCAUGAGGACUUUCUUGCUCUUGGCACUGACAUUUGUAGCCGUUAAUGGAUCAAAACUUGAUGCUAAGAAGAUUCUUUUAAAAGAAACCAUAGUGAUUGUGAACCAUGUCCUGCAUGAGAAAUCAGAGGAGAAUCUUAAACAAUUUGUGAGAGACAUAUUUCAGAGCGUGAGAUGCUCAGGUGAAGCCCUUUGCCAAGCAGCAAAGGUCCUGAAUGGGGUGCGUCUAAACACAGAUCCAAAUAACUUGAUAUAUAGGCAUCUGUUCGCCUAUGCAGAUUUAACCGGGCACCGGAACUGCAGCAUUACAGCUUCAGAGGAACGUCCAGUGAAGGUUUUUCUCGAAAAUAUCAAAGACUGCUGCCAAACACUUCUCUCUAAACUUGUAUCACAUCCAAAAAGAAUAGGGAUCAACGAGAAACCAAGCAUGAGGACUUUCUUGCUCUUGGCACUGACAUUUGUAGCCGUUAAUGGAUCACAACCUGAUCUUAGGAAGACUCUUUUAAAGGACAUCAUAGUGUUUGUGAACCAGACCCUACAUAACCAUUCAGAGAAGAAUCUUAAACAAUUUGUGAGAGACAUAUUUCAGAGCGUGAGAUGCUCAGAUGAAGCCCUUUGCCAAGCAGCAAAGGUCCUGAAUGGGGUGCAUCUAAACACAGAUCCAAAUAACAUGAUAUAUAGGAAUCUGUUCACCUAUGCAGAUUUAACCGUGCACCGGAACUGCAGCGUUACAGCUUCAGAGGAACAUCCAGUGAAGGAUUUUCUCAAAAAAAUCAAAGACUGCUGCCAAUUACUUUACUCUAAACCUGUAUCACGUCCAAAAAGAGUGAAAUGACCUGAGACUUACAGCUUAUAUUAUAUUUUUGUAUGCUUUUGUGAUAUUUAUAUCAUAUUUAUUGUAUUUAUGAAUAAAAAUAUUUGCUGAA